AUGAACAUUGGUUUCAAUAAAGAUGGAGGCAUUGCUAGUAUAAUACAUAAAUGGUUUCAAGAGAUACGACAUUUCAUUCCUAAUUUUAUGACUUGUUUAGAUUUUGACUCUUGUCGGCAAUUCAUGACGAUGAUCAAUUCUCAAUAUACUCAGAUAGGCUGUGCUUUCACACAUCAGUGCAUGGUUAACAAAAAAAGAGCCAGCGUUCUUGUAUGUCUUUACGAUGGAGGACAAAGUUUGGUCCCACCAAAUCUGAAGAGAGGACCACCGUGUACAAAAUGUUCUGGCGCAGAGGGUUUCUGUGACAACGGACUGUGUGUUCCUUGUGAUAAAUCCUCAGAACUUUGUGAUUGCCGGAAAACCUGCAACAAGUCUGGAGUUGGAUCCGGUAUUCUUAAUAUUUCCACUUGUUCUUGUAGCUGUCAGUUUGGCAUGGGACCAAAUUGCGACGAACCUUGUAAGAAUCCAGAACAAUACUACGAUUACGAUAUUUGUGGACCAGUGACUGAAUCAGAGUGCCUAAGUGAUGACGAAGAGGAGCGGGCAUUGCUUCGGGAAUUCUGCCCGGAACAGUGUACUUGUGAAAAAAUUGGCAACGCUACAGUUCAAGGUACAUGGUAGUUAUGAUGUUGACUAUAUUUAGACAGCUAAGUUCUGGUCAGAAAUGUACCGAAUUCUCUUGAAGUUGUUGAUUUUUCAUCAUCAUUUGGCAGUUUUGUCCUUUGCUUUAUAUUGUUGAAUGUAUACUCGCUUAAGUAUGCUCGCAUAAAUAUGUGUGUGUUGAUUUUAGCUAAUAAUAUGUUUUCAAUUGUACGAAAGUCAAACGUAGACGACAAAUUUUCGAAACUAUUUGUAGGAUUAUGA